AUGAGUGAACUAUAUCCUGGACAUAAGGUCUUAGAAUCUUAUUUUAAAGAAAAAGGACAUUUUGCAUCAUAUUAUGGGUUCCUACUUCUUCACCAAAACACUAUUGUUGCUUCAUCAUUACCAGCUAAUAAUUGGAAGGAACUUAAUAAUUGUUGGACCAAUCACUUUCUAAAGGAAGCAAAGUAUUAUGAAAAAGAUUUAAUUUCUAUAAAGGAAAAGACAUAUGAAGAGCAAUCACGUUAUACAAAAGAAUUAGAAAAUUACUGGAAAGAAGUUAAUAAAUUAUGA